AGCAAGAGAAGCCGCAGACAUGUGGCGUCUUUGCAUAUUAAUUAUCAUUUUUGUUUUAAGUUCCGAGGGUAAAUUAAUUAACUCGGAACUGCUCGAUCCAGAAUGGCAAGAUCUUGUCACUGCUGGCGGAAUGCACAUCGGACACGGGCGGACUAAAAGAUUUGUGGAGCUUAAUGAAAACCAGCCUAAUAAACCGCAUCAAGCAUGCCUUCUCCCAGAUGGCAAAGCUGGACACUGUCGACACUUGCAUUACUGCAUUCAGGAAGACUUCAGGAGGGAUUUCAUGAAGUUUAUGGAUUACCUGUGCAUUAUAAAACACUCGGCUAUCGGUGUCUGCUGUCCUGACGGUAUGGUAGCCGGUGGUGUGGACGCUUUGGCUGGAGACCUGCCUGCAACGGCCCCUAGAGAUGAAAAUGAAAUCGCUUUUAAGAUCGAUCGAGCUGAAAAUAGAGGUUGUGGACUGAGCACACGAGCUCAGAGUAGGGCAACGGGAUCACAAGCUGCCAAACCUCGCGAGUGGCCCUGGAUGGCUUUAGUCACCCCCGAGGGCUACGACCGUUACUGUGGCGGUUCUCUCAUCACGGACCGACACGUGCUCACUGCGGCUCAUUGUACCAGAGAAUGGAAGCCAGAAGAGCUGUUCGUACGUCUUGGGGAAUACGACAUCGAACGUACCAACGAUUCUCGCUCCUACAACUUCCGCGUUAUCGAGAUACGCCGACACGAACUAUUCGACAAGGCGAACUACCAUAACGACGUGGCGAUAUUGAAGCUACAUAGACCAGCCGUGUUCAACACAUACGUAUGGCCGAUAUGUCUCCCUCCUCGAGGAUUGGCAUUAGACGAUGAAAUGGCGACUGUAAUAGGUUGGGGUACAUUGUGGUUCGGCGGCCCAGACAGCGACAUUCUUAUGGAAGCAUCGAUGCCAAUAUGGCAUCACCAAAAAUGUGUGGAUUCAUUCAGUGACACGAUCUUCAAUGAGACCCUGUGCGCUGGUGGAAAUAAACGAGACGCCUGCCAGAAAGACAGUGGUGGUCCGCUGAUGUACCAGAUGGCGAGUGGGCGCUGGGCUGUGGUGGGGGUGGUGUCGUGGGGCAUGCGCUGCGGGGAGCCCUCGCACCCCGGACUCUACGUGCACGUUGAACAGUACCUGGAGUGGAUCCAACAGAAUGCUAUCUUCUAGAACGAUAUCCUCAUU